AUGGCGUCGGCCAACGCUCUUACUUCCGCUGCCAUUCUCUGCUCGCCCAGUCAGAGUUUGAGAAGGAGGGUGAAUCAGCAGCAAAAUAAUAGGGUGAAUUACAAGCAAUCAAGGGGCCGAUUUGUUGUGAAGGCCGCUGCAAAAGAUAUAGCUUUUGACCAGAACUCAAGGCGUGCGCUACAGGCCGGAAUUGAUAAGCUUGCUGAUGCAGUUGGCCUUACUCUUGGCCCUAGGGGGAGGAAUGUUGUCUUGGACGAAUAUGGAAGUCCCAAAGUGGUGAAUGACGGAGUAACAAUUGCUAGAGCUAUUGAGCUUCCCGAUGCUAUGGAAAAUGCUGGUGCAGCUCUCAUUAGGGAGGUUGCUAGCAAAACGAAUGACUCAGCUGGUGAUGGAACAACAACAGCAUCAAUUCUUGCUCGGGAGAUAAUCAAGCUCGGACUGUUGAGUGUCACCUCUGGUGCAAAUCCUGUUUCAAUAAAGAAGGGGAUUGAUAAAACUGUACAUGGUCUGAUAGAGGAGCUAGAGAAUAAGUCUAGGCCUGUUAAGGGUCGUGAUGAUGUUAAAGCUGUUGCUACUAUUUCUGCUGGGAACGAUGAGUAUAUUGGGACAAUGAUUGCUGAUGCUAUUGACAAGGUGGGACCUGACGGUGUCCUAUCCAUUGAGUCAUCAUCCUCAUUUGAGACAACCGUUGAAGUGGAAGAAGGAAUGGAGAUUGACAGAGGAUAUAUCUCCCCUCAAUUCGUUACAAACCCUGAGAAAUUGAUUGUUGAAUUUGAGAAUGCAAGAGUUUUGAUUACUGACCAGAAAAUUACAGCUAUCAAGGACAUAAUUCCCCUUUUGGAGAAGACCACUCAGUUGAGAGCCCCUCUGCUUAUAAUUGCUGAGGAUGUCUCUGGGGAGGCUUUGGCGACUCUUGUUGUGAACAAGUUGAGGGGCAUAAUUAAUGUUGCUGCCAUCAAAGCUCCUGGUUUUGGUGAAAGGAGAAAGGCUCUCCUCCAAGAUAUUGCCAUUUUAACAGGAGCUGAGUUUCAAGCCAGUGAUCUGGGUCUACUGGUGGAGAACACCUCAGUUGAGCAGCUUGGUUUGGCCCGAAAGGUGACAAUCUCAAAGGACUCCACUACCAUAAUUGCUGAUGCAGCAUCAAAAGAUGAGUUGCAAGCUAGGAUUGCACAGCUGAAGAAGGAAUUAUCUGAGACAGAUUCCGUUUAUGACUCAGAAAAAUUGGCUGAGCGGAUUGCUAAAUUAUCAGGCGGAGUUGCUGUUAUAAAGGUGGGAGCUGCUACAGAGACCGAACUUGAGGACCGUAAGCUUCGUAUUGAGGAUGCCAAGAAUGCCACUUUUGCUGCCAUAGAGGAAGGUAUUGUGCCUGGUGGUGGUGCCGCCUUGGUGCAUCUGUCAACAUAUGUUCCUGCACUCAAGCAAAAACUUGUAGAUGCAGAUGAGCAGCUGGGUGCUGACAUUGUGCAGAAGGCACUGGUAUCACCAGCAGCAUUAAUUGCUCAAAAUGCUGGAAUUGAAGGUGAAGUGGUUGUGGAGAAAAUAAAGGAUAGUGAAUGGGAGAUUGGUUACAACGCAAUGACAGACAAGUACGAGAACUUGGUGGAAGCCGGUGUUAUUGACCCAGCAAAGGUAACAAGAUGUGCUUUACAGAAUGCAGCUUCGGUUGCCGGAAUGGUGUUGACCACUCAAGCCAUUGUGGUGGAAAAGCCUAAGCCCAAGUCACCUGCGGCUGCUGCUGCACAAGGUCUUACUGUGUAA